AUGGUGUGCGUCUCAGCCGCCACUCCGGGCUCGGCGAACCGAACAUCCGUCGCCGCAGAGAUCGUCGGUGCCAUCCUCAAGUUCCCUCCGCUCUGGGAGGCCGCGAGCAAGGGUGCCAAGGAGAAGAUGGUGAAGCGAGCGGGCGAGCUCGGGAUCGAGUGGGAGGCUGAAGUGAACCAGCUGAGGUCGGCGGCGGACUGGGAGCAGGCGCUGAAGGACGCGACUGAUCCGGAGGUGGUCGAGAACAUGCCCGCAUACUACAAGACGUCGUUCCACGCGUACCCCGAGGGUAACCUGGGCUGGGACCCCGCGCUGGAGGUGGAGGUGGCGGCCAAGGCUGUGCACGCGCCGGUGUUCAGCGAGGACGGCAAGACUUUGGAGAAGGACGGUGACGAGAAGUUAAGGGCGGGAUACCAUCGCGCCCAGGCCGAGGCGAUGGAUUUCAUCGACCCGGACAUGAGGAAGAAGGCGAAAAAGGUGGUGGACGUGGGGUGCUCGUCGGGUCUUAGCACCAGGGCGCUCGUGGGUGCAUUUCCGGACGCGGAGCAGUUCGUAGGGAUUGACCUGAGCAACUACUUCAUCGCAGUUGCCAACCAUGCGCUCGGCGCCAGGGCCGGGGACCCGAACGGAUACGAUAGGAGCAAGGUGAGGUUUCAGCACGGCGCCGGAGAGAAUCUGCCGUUUGAGAAUGACUCCCAGGACCUGGUCAGCUCGUGUCUCACCUUCCAUGAGCUGCCCGCGUCCGCGGCGCAGGAUGUCAUCCGAGAGGCAUACAGAGUUUUGAAGCCGGGCGGGUGCUUGAGCAUGAUGGACAUGGACCCGAGCGCCCCCGCGUUUCAGAGGAUCGCGAACAACGUUUUCGCGUUCACGGCUUUCAAAUCGACGGAACCGUACCUCGAACAGUACGCGGCACUGGACGUUCAGGAGGUGAUGCGACGCGCGGGCUUCGAGACUGUCGAGACGAGAAGCUCGUCGCCGAGGCACCGCACGAUUGUGGCGAGGAAGCCCGCCGCGGCUAAUAAAAUGAAGUGA